UGACAUGACAGACUCACUGUGUUGUGUCAGAGUUUGGUUGAAACGAAUGUUGCUGUUGUUCGGGACUUCAUUUUCCCGGAUAGGAGUCUGGAUAUGAUUGCGGCCUCGCUACCCUGUAAUGCCUGAAUAAUAAGUAACUGCUAUCGCAAUAGGCGCAUUGCCUCUUCAAUUGGUCCUGAUGACGAAUAUGCGUGUGCUACUAGUCGCCAAUCUCUUACCUCUCCUUCUGCUGGUCAGAAGCUGCUGGUCCGAUUGCUACAUGCACAACCCAAGAGGCAGCAACAACCGCCUCAACGAGCGAUCGGCCAACAGGAACAAUGCCAACCGGGUCUUUGACUCACAGAAUAAUAAUCGCGGUGGCUACAAUGUGGGGGACCCAACUGCGGCCAGAAACAACAAUGGUGAACCUACUCAGUAUAACAUGAAAUACUUCCAGAGCGGUACGCUGGGCAGCUCUGAGUUGGAAGUCGAGUGGACAAACCAGCAUGGCUGUGGUGGUAACGAGGACAGUGAUCCACACAAGCUCAACUGCAACAUGGUGCUGCAGUAUAUGUGUCAGAAUGACCAUGGUAUCAAUUCCACGGGUGACUUUCCUCUUGACUACCUUCGCAAUGGAGCGAAUACAAACACAAACAAUCACAACACACGUGACAGACGCACAACGGAUGAGACCUGGCAGCAGAUCCUAGCACGUAUGACCAAUGACGUGCAGCAGAAUCGUGCUGUGCACGAGAGCUGGAUAGACUAUGACAGAUGCGUCACACGCGAACGUAAUCGUGGCCUCUUCACGGCCGACCAGAGACUGCGCAACGGUCCCUUCGGCUACAGCUCUGCUAUCUACACGCGCCAGAACCCGCAGGGCAAUCGCCGUGGUUACGAGUGCCCAGAGGAGCGGGACUACUAUCCCUACUGGCAUCCAACAGCAUGGAUUGACAUUGCUGUGCUGACCGACAACAUCAGCCAUUGUGAAACAUACUACCGACCGAAUAGUCAGAACACUGCGCUCAAGUACCAGUGCUAUGAGUUGUACGACCCGACAGCAAGCGGCAGUGAUGUUCGUCUGCGGCCCUAUGCACGCUGGAAUAAUGAAGCUGAGUGCACGAGGACGAAUGCAACACGCUGGCUGUACAACCGCACCGUCUUGGAAACUCUCACUGCUGCCAACCAGGGUGAUUGUGAGACGUUGAACACGACUGGCAACGUCUUCUGGGGCAAGGUCUUUGAAGCGGAUCCGGAUGUGUGCUACGUGGCACCUUCUCCAGUCGAGUGCCGUGCAGCCGACUGGUCACGGGUCAACCAUCUUGGCAAUGGGCGCGAUGGGCAGCCGCUUACGUACAAGUGGACGUUGCCGCACUUUCCGUCCAAUAGAGAGAAGCGAUGUGUCCUGCGAGUAAGGUACAACAUCAGCACCGAUGACUAUGACCCAUGGAGUACUACUUCCAGACAAAACCAAAAUGUCGCGCUUGGUCGCCGAUCACCAGUGGAGCAGAAUCCUAACGUAAACAUUGGCAGCAGGGCGAAUCAAGCCCUCCGCCUGGCCAUCAACACUGCUCAGUUUGGACGCACCUUCCAAGAUCGUUCACACGUCAUCCGUCUGCUGCCCAGAACUCAGCUUGGUCAGCCAGACAGUGACGCCGUCUCCAUCAAGAACUUGAAUGUGCGCGGCAAGCGGGGUAACAUUGUACAAACGUAUCCGUCAGUGGAGUAUGACUUUGUCCCUACGGCCUUGGUCAUCGAUCCCACCGACUAUGUACACAUACAAUGGACAGGUUCCAACACACACAACAACGGUAACCCUGCUGGUGAUGGGCAGGCUGGUGAUGCUGGAGAGGGGACCAAAGGAACCGAUCGUCACAACAUGGUCGAGAUUAGCUCUGCUGCCGUCAACUACCCUCUGCCCAUGGAAUCAUACGGCAUGUUCAAGAACGCCACGAUCUACUGGAGGAGCUUUGGCACAGACAAGGCAGCAUUCACGAACCAAGACCUGGCGGUUGCUAUGGCCUCGGCUGGCUUCUUCCACUGCUUCGACGGCUGCAGCAGGAACGCCAAAAGUGCCGCUGAUCCUCUCAACAACUUGCUGAACAACGCACCUGCAUCCUUCACUGGUGCUCUGCUGUCAUUCCAAGGCAGCAGCGAACGUGACACGAUCUACCACUACAUCUGCUCACGAAACAACAACUUUACCAACCGCAGUCAGAAAGGCAAGAUCAUAGUCAAGCAGCAGCAGCAAUCCUGAAGCUAGAACACAACGCAACAUCUGCAAUCCUGAAGCUAGAACACAAUACAACAUCUGUUUACCUAUUCAUGCGCAUAUGUCUCUUCUCCGGGCCCUCCGCUUGCUGUCAUUGAUGAUCGGCAUGCACUCUUGACGACGUGGGUGCUGCUCUACAGCAUCAAAAGCCCUUGCCACGUGAUGGCGGCCAUACUCUGCAGCAUACAACCAGCACCAAUAUCAGUACAUGGCUUCUUGUUGUACAUGUAUUAUUCGCCUACUAGCACCGGCAGUUCUGUUUCCUAGACUGUUCCACUCUUUUCGCACGGGCAGCAGAGGUAUUUAGAGAAUUGCUGCUCGCUCUCUCUUUCUUUCCCUAUACCUUUCUCCCUAUCCUUUGUCGGUAUGCUCAUUCUCUUGUAACUGCUGGACAGACAACCAGAAAAAGGGCUAAUAGGCUUUGAGUUCCCCAUGAUUAUUAGUGUUAUCUGCACUUUUCCGUUUCCUUUCCUUUGCCUCUGGCUUUUUUUGGUUGCUUUAUGAGCUUUGCAGGCAGUUGCUUUGAAGGCAAGAUAUGGCUGGACCAACUUGUCAAGAGUCCACUCAGAGUGUGCCCAACUCAGCAAAGUAACCUUACAAAUAUAUCGAGUUCUUCCUGUA